UAUUUUUAAAAUCCCAAAGUUCGACGUACUCAGCACCUCUCCACCAUAAAUUAGCAUUUAGCAACAAAGAGCCCUUUAAUAUUUUUCCAGAUUUCCAGAUUUAAUCAAGAUCAACCCAAUACUAAUCCACAAUUAUACACCCAAACUAUGAUACUAUUACUGCGUAAUACUAUCAAGUAUAUUAAUUUUCUCAAAAAAUAAUAAAAAAAUUAAUUCAUCGAAAUUUUUUCUCCAAAGCUGGUUGUUGUUCUUCUCCACAAAUCAACUCGUCUUUUAGCAGAUCCGACCGUUAGCUGAGGUCACAUUCUCUCUCCUCUGCAAUCAUGCCCUCUUCCACCGUCGGAUCUAUCUCCCUCCUCAUCCUCACCGUUGUUUUAUUCUCUUUUUCACCCGUUUUUGCAUCCGAGUCCGAUCACAAGUAUGAAGCAGGUGAACAUGUAACUCUUUGGGUGAACAAAGUUGGUCCAUAUAACAAUCCUCAAGAAACUUAUAACUACUUCAGCCUUCCAUUUUGCCGUCCAUCUGGGAAUUCUGGCCACAGGUGGGGUGGCUUGGGUGAGGUUCUCGGUGGAAAUGAACUUAUUGAUAGCCAAAUUGAUUUCAAGUUUGGAAAAAGUACUGACAAGACAACCAUGUGUGAACUUGAGCUUGAUCCUACCAAGGCCAAACAGUUCAAAGAUGCUAUUGAAAAUUCUUAUUGGUUUGAAUUCUUUAUUGACGAUUUACCACUAUGGGGUUUUGUUGGAGAAUUGCAUUUUGAUAAAAACACUGAGAAUGCUAAACAUGUUCUGUAUACAAACAAAAAUUUCGUCAUUAAAUAUAAUGGCAAUCAGAUCAUUCAUGUUAAUCUCACUCAGGACGGUGCCAAGCCAGUGGAAGAGGGGAAGGUCUAUGACAUGACAUACACUGUCAAAUGGAUUCCUACAAAUGUUACCUUUGCCAAGCGUUUUGAUGUAUACCUGGAUUAUCCCUUCUUUGAGCACCAGAUCCAUUGGUUCUCCAUUUUCAAUUCGUUCAUGAUGGUUAUCUUCUUGACUGGGUUGGUAUCUAUGAUAUUGAUGCGUACUCUUAGAAAUGAUUAUGCAAAGUAUGCUAGGGAGGAUGAUGACUUGGAAACCUUGGAAAGGGAUGUUAAUGAAGAGUCUGGUUGGAAACUUGUUCAUGGAGAUGUUUUCCGUUCUCCUCGCAACUUAGCUCUGCUUUCAGCUGUUGUUGGUAAUGGCGCCCAGCUGGCAACUCUGGUUCUCCUUGUCAUCAAUUUGGCAAUUAUUGGAAUGCUGUAUAUAGGGAGGGGAGCCAUUGUCACAACAUUUAUUGUUUGUUAUGCCUUGACAUCAUUUAUAUCAGGGUAUGUGAGUGGUGGAAUGUACUCUCGUAAUGGUGGCAAAAGUUGGAUCAAGACGAUGAUUUUGACAGCUUCCCUAUUCCCAUUUUUGUGCUUUGGGAUUGGGUUCAUCUUGAACACUAUUGCUAUAUUCUAUGGUUCUCUGGCUGCUAUUCCCUUCGGAACUAUGGUUGUAGUUUUUGUUAUUUGGGCUUUCAUCUCCUUCCCCCUUGCACUCCUUGGCACCGUUGUUGGAAGAAACUGGAGUGGAUCUCCAAACAAUCCAUGUCGGGUUAAGACUAUUCCUCGACCUAUCCCUGAGAAGAAAUGGUAUCUGACUCCUUCAGUGAUAUCUCUUAUGGGUGGAUUGCUUCCGUUUGGGAGCAUCUUCAUUGAGAUGUAUUUUGUUUUCACAUCCUUUUGGAAUUACAAGGUGUACUAUGUUUAUGGUUUCAUGCUCCUUGUAUUUCUGAUUCUCAUCAUUGUGACUGUCUGUGUGACGAUUGUGGGAACUUAUUUCUUGUUGAAUGCUGAAAACUACCACUGGCAAUGGACUUCAUUCUUUUCUGCUGCGUCUACUGCCAUAUAUGUCUACCUAUAUGCAGUUUAUUACUAUCAUGUGAAGACCAAGAUGACGGGUUUCUUCCAGAUCAGCUUUUAUUUUGGUUACACUUUGAUGUUCUGCCUUGGGCUAGGAAUUCUUUGUGGGGCUGUAGGAUUCCUGGGCUCCAACCUUUUUGUUCGAAGGAUCUACAAAAACAUCAAAUGCGACUAAUUUAUGCAGCAUGUCUCAGAAACAUGUUUGUAUUGUGUCGACUCUAAUGCUGUCACCAACUUGGAAAGGGGAUUUCUGUUCAUUUGAUGAAUCCCAUAGGUCCCAAAUACGAGAAAAUUGCUUCAUCUAGAAUUGUGAGAGAGGUUUUUAGGGUAGAUAUGGCGAAGCUAAGCUUUGUGAGAUUAUGUAAUUUUUGCUCAGAAGAUGCAAUUUUUUCACUGUAAUUUUAGCUAUACUGGAAUGAAAUAGAUGAGAUUUAUCACCCUAUUAUGUCUUACAGUGGUCUCUCCUUGUCAUUCUCUGACUGAUGCAUAAUUUUGAAGAGCUUGUUGCAUUAUUUGGAGAUUUAUGAAGAGGAGCACUUCAUUAAACUUGGUUCCCAUAGAUUUAAAAGAAAUUUAAAGCACUAUUAAUGUAAUAAAACUGACAAUUUUGUCUUUGGAUUCACUAGUUUUCUACUGUAAUCUUUAACCCAGCCAUUAGUUU